GCACUUGAAGAAAAUUGUGAUAUAUAUCUCUACCUACUCAUUCAUCAAUUUCCGCACUCCCUCAAGUCCCUUUUCCCUAGCUGUCUUUCAUAAUCAACCGAUGCAAAAUCAUAGUCUCAAGGUCGGGUCGGCCAAGAAUGGGGAGAACCCACCAAAGAUUUCACUUGCUGCUAGCCCGGAAGUGGAGCCUUCCAUCGAGCGGAGGAGCACCCAUCAAAGGAAGGGAUCCAAGUCCAAGCAGAUGGCGAAGAUCUUGACCGGUAAACCAGCUGUGCACCAAUCGGAUCCCCACAGAAAAGUCGAGUCGCUAGAUCAGAGUCCAGGAAGCAAGACGGUCGAUAUCAAUGAUCGUGUCUCAGACUAUAUAAGCCGUGCAAAGCUCAGAAUAAGAGCCAUGUCAGUCCGCGGUGGAGGAAAGGCCAAAGUGGAGAAGGAACCAGGGAGCAGCAAUCGUUUUGCCGAUUAUAUCCGUAGGACGAAGAUCUUCCUAUUUGUUAGGCUUCAAUCAGCAGCAAAAUUUGCCGAUGAUGAUGAUGCCAGGAAUGCCAUCUCUAGUUGCCAACGAGCUAUGAAAAAAUCAUCAGAAAAGCGUAAUUCGUUCUUGAAGGUUCUUAAUGUUGCCCAAGAUAGUGCUCUCGGUCCGGCAACAGCGAUGUAGGCUGAACUUUUACUGGAAACAGUAUCUGGCAAAGUUGAAGGCAAAAAAGAUUUUGGGACUUGAUUUGCGGAAACAAAGCUUCCAGCUUACAUUCAUUGCGUCGUAGCUUCUUCCAUAAGGCUGUCUGCCUUCCUCACUGCGGAGUUCAAGUUUGUUUCAAAUCCCAGUAGUGACACUAACCCUCAAACAGAUUGGAUCAAAUAUCAAUCAUCUUAUAGUACUUGUUAUAAUGUUAGGUUCGAGAAUCCUACGAUAUAUUUUCUUUGUUUUAGAGUUGGUUUCUACUAACCGUUGCACUUGGAGAUGAAAAUUUUGAUCAUGGAUCGCUGAUGAGGUCCCUCGAGUCGGUAUUGGAAUUUGAGAAGGAGGCCAACAAUGGAGUUAUAGAUUCCAUGCUUCUUUGGGGUAACUUGAGGACAUAAAUGUGUUUUGACAAGCAUUUCCAUCUUCGGCCGCAGGGUUGUAUGGAUUUCUUCCAGAAACUGGUAUCAGAAAUUCUCAUUGAAAGCAUGGCAAGUAGAUGGUGUGAAGAUCUAUGCAAACAAGUUACAGUUUGACCGCGAGUCAUUAUCCAAGGGAGGUGACCAGGAAGUUCGAGGUCCCAACUGACAAGGUUGAAGAGUUCCGGGACAUCUUGAAGAACACCAGCAGUGACAGGAACCUACCGAGUAUGUUGGCAACAAUGUUGGUGACUUGCUCUGCUUUCUCAAAGCAGAGAUAGGAAUGGUGAUUAAUUGCAGAGAGAGCUUGGAGAGGCUUGGGCUUAGCUUUGGAGUUUCUUUUGUCUCAUUGUUCCAGUAAUUGAUCAGGAAGCAGAAGGAACUCAGGGAGGAAACUCGUUUUGCUCGAACAGGAAAACAGGUGUUUUCUACUUCGUUGGGCUCAGAUUCAUGCAUUCAUUCUAGGGGGUCAGUUUAGUCAUGUGCCGUUGUCUUUCUAUUUAACACAUGUACAGAAUGUUGAGAUAUGUUGUCUCACAUAAAAAAUUUAUGAAAAAAACCACAAGCUUAUAUAAA